ACUUUUUCUCCUCUUUCAUUUAGCAGGACAGAUGAAGAAAUAGCUUCAGCUAAGCACGAGAAUGAGGAUAUCUUCACUGCUGCACAGCUCCAGCAGACUUUGGCUGGCCUGGAUGAAGAUUUAGAAGCAGUGGAUACUCUAAGUAACUCUGACUCCGAGUACACUGGUGAAGUGUUGAGCCCAUGUAUAAGAAAAGUUGAGGCUGUCCAAGAUGUUAGCAUUUCUGUUCCAGUAACCAUCAUAGAUGAUGCUCCAGAAGUUUGCACCUUUAACUCAGCUGGAAAUCAAGAGACAGAGACAAGGGUUUCACAAAACGUCUCAGCUGAUUCUGUUAAUACAGGAAACUUCACAAAUAAAAACAACAAUGCAGGUUCCUUUGAUAAGGGACACACAGAUGGUGGAGCUGUAUGCAUAUCAAAGGACCUAAUACAUCAGCAACCAUCUGAAAACGAAUUCAGUCACUUGCCUGUGGAACAGAGGAGAGAUAUGUUUGAAUCUCUCACAUCCUCCUUUGAAAAAAGAAGUGAAAAGAACUUAAGACUGGACUCCCCUGCCAAACAUGGUAUGAAAUCUGAGGAAUGUAAAUCUAAACUGACUCCACCUCACUCCAAGGCCACAGCUGAAAUCAGUACAGCAAAGGAGAAGAUAAAUCCAUUUAAUGAAUGUAGUAACAGGGAAAGAUCUCUGAAAAAAAGUAAAUCAGAAAUAGAAAUCAAAUGGCCACCAGCAAAAAAAUUUGAAGAAGUCCCAUCAACACCCACAUGGUGUCAUCGUGCCCAGAAUUCAGGAACAAGCUACGAACCGAAAAUGGGUUUGACAACUUUUAAAGUUGUCCCUCCCAAACCUGAAGUAAAACAUUUUGACAGAGGAGUUUCACUCACCACUGGUGCCAUUAAGAUAGAUGAACUAGGCAACCUUGUAGGCCCGAACACCGGUGUUAGUAAGCACAUACCAGGCACUUCUACUGAUGAAAGUGAGGAAAUUCAUCUUGGGAAAGUGAAGGCAUUCUGGAGGUCAAGCUCUAUGGAAAAGCAAAGUGAUGAAUCUGCUGAGCAUCCUCCUAAAAAGUCAACAGUCACCACAAGCUCUAAACCCUUUACUGUAAAACACGAACACAAACCUCUUUCUCUUGUAGCUCCAAAGCCUGGAGCACCACAAACUGUUACUACCCAGGUAGCUGAAAGACAGUCUGAGAAUGAAAGGACCAAACCAUCUCUUCCAGUUACACAGUCUCAGGUAACACCAUUAGUGGCCCCAACCAUUAAUAAGGACAAACUGGAGCUUCCAUUUCUAAAGCCACACAGGAGAACUUCGAGUCAGUAUGUUGCCUCUGCCAUUGCAAGACACAUGAACACAACUGCAUUUAAGUCUGACUCUGUGGACUAUCACGAGAAAGAUGAAGAUAAACAAGGGGCAGGAGAGGUUAAAGCUGAAGCAGAGGUUUCACCAAAAAGAUGUAUUAUUGUGGCCAAAUAUAGCCCUGUGGAAACAGAAUCAGCAGAAACAAGAGAAACACUUUCAAGUAUUUUUACGUGCAGUCAAAAAGCAUCCUACGGGUUUACACCUGGUGAUAAUUCUGGCAUGGAAAACAAAGUAGUUAACAUCAGGGCACCAAAUCAAGCAACUCCUGCAAGUUUCUAUAAAAAGAAUGCCAGUGUCCCACUUACUAAAUCCUCUUCAAAGGAUAACAGUGCAGAAGAUGAUCAUGCUUUAAACAGCAAACAAAGUAUAGCAGAGAAAAAGAUGCUGUUUGACCACACGUGUGAGACUUUGACCCAUGCUAAUUCAGCCUCAUCUCUCAAGUCUCCUGAUCUCCAAGGAGUCUCCUCCUCUUUCAGUUCAUCUUUGCGAGGCACUAAAUGGCCUCCUGCUAAUGGUGUGCAAGUUAGUUCACUUAAAGCUUCACCCGAGCUAAAUGGGGCAGCAGCAAAUGCAGUGUCAGAACAGGAAGAGAAACCUGAUUAUUCAGAUAUUAAUGCUAUCGGUGAACUGGAUGUUAAUGUGCAGACCAAUAUCUUUGGACCAAAGAAGAAGUUCAAACCUGUUGUCCAAAAACCAGUUCCAAAAGACACAUCACUGCACAGUGCCCUAAUGGAAGCCAUUCAAACGGCAGGGGGAAAGGAAAAACUCAGAAAGGUUUCAGACAGCACACUAAAUGGCAGUCACAGGAAACCCUCAUAUGCUCAGCCAGAGAAUGAGCGCUCAGCCCUACUAGCAGCAAUUAGAGGCCACAGUGGCGUCUCAAAGCUGAGAAAGAUCUCCUCGCUGGCCUCUGAAGAACUGCAGAGAUUUAGGAAUGCAGAACUGUCCUUGCAGAAGGCUGAACACCCUCGGGAAGAGCAGCUUUGUAUCCCACCUGCCCCUGCUCAGCUGCCACCACCACCUCCCAUUCAGCUGUCAGCAGCAGCUCCUAAAUUCUCUGCCACAGCUACAGGUAGCUCUGGAGAGGCAAGGCAAGCCCUGCUGGAGGCCAUUCGUUCUGGUGCUGGAGCAGCAAAGUUAAAAAAGGUAAAGGUACUUCUGUAUUUUAUUGUGGAUGUAACAACCUAG